GCCGACCGGCCGGCCCCAGGAAGCUUCCAGAACUCCGGCUGAGGGAGGAAGGACCCCGGCGGUGCCCUGCUCCCCACUCUUCCGUGGGACCAGCCCUCCCUUCUCCACCCCAAAUCGCAGCGAUGCCUCUGGGAGGUCUUCGGAAGGGGCCUGUCGCCUGGACCGCCCGCCUUGAGCCCCGACAUCCUCCACAGGGCGUCCCUUCCCACGGCCGCUCCUGGGCUCCGGGCCGGGGUCGGCAGCCUUGGGGUCGCGGCUGUGUGGGGGCUGAGGCCCAGGCGGCGGUCCAGCCUCUCCGACCGGGGUGGAGGGGACAGGGCGGCCCCAGACCUGCGGUGGGGCGGGUGCGGGGGUCUCCUGGCAGCCCCCGGGGCCCAGGGCCCACCCUGCACCCCCUCGCGCCCUCCUACCCCGGCGGCACCCAGGCCCGGCCCCUCCCCCUCUUCCUUAUCUCUUUUCUAACCUUUUGCAUUUUUUUAAGUCUCAUUUCCUGUCGGGUUUUGCAUUUCCCUCCCCCUUCCAGCCUAUGACACACUUUCUCUCCUUUUUUCUCCCUUUUGCGUCCCUUGGCCUCCGAACUCCUGCCUGGGUGGCGCGCAGCACCCCCUUGGCCCUGCAGCCCCUGGGCCGGCUGCGCCCCUCGGACGGUCCGGGCGGCGGGGCCCGGGGCCCCGGGAGGAAGCCGGCGGCCUGCGCGGAGGAGGCGCCGCGGCUGGCAGAGCAUGAGCGGCCCAGAUCCCGGCCCGCAAGACUCCACACCCGGGAGAUUGGCUGAGGGCAGGGCCAGCCCCGGCCAGGAGGAGUAGAAAGAAGUCAGACCUCAGGGACGGGCGGGCACAUCCCGUCUGCCGGGCGCCGACCCUAUGCCAGGAGGAGCGCCCGAGAUGGACGACUACGUGGAGACGCUGAAGGACGAGGAGGACGCCCUGUGGGAGAAUGUGGAGUGCAACCGGCACAUGCUCAGCCGCUACAUCAACCCCGCCAAGCUCACGCCCUACCUGCGCCAGUGCAAGGUCAUCGACGAGCAAGACGAAGACGAGGUGCUCAACGCGCCCAUGCUGCCGUCCAAGAUCAACCGGGCAGGUCGGCUGCUGGACAUUCUACAUACCAAGGGGCAAAGGGGCUAUGUGGUUUUCUUGGAGAGCUUGGAAUUUUACUACCCAGAAUUAUACAAACUGGUGACUGGGAAAGAACCUACUCGGAGGUUCUCCACCAUUGUGGUGGAGGAGGGCCACGAGGGCCUCACGCAUUUCCUCAUGAACGAGGUCAUCAAGCUGCAGCAGCAGAUGAAGGCCAAGGACCUGCAGCGGUGCGAGCUGCUGGCCAAGUCGCGGCAGCUGGAGGACGAGAAGAAGCAGCUGACGCUGACGCGGGUGGAGCUGCUGACCUUCCAGGAGCGGUACUACAAGAUGAAGGAGGAGCGGGACAGCUACAACGACGAGCUGGUCAAGGUCAAGGACGACAACUACAACCUGGCCAUGCGCUACGCCCAGCUCAGCGAGGAGAAAAACAUGGCGGUCAUGCGGAGCCGAGACCUGCAGCUCGAGAUAGACCAGCUAAAGCAUCGGCUGAACAAGAUGGAGGAGGAAUGCAAGCUGGAGAGGAACCAGUCGCUGAAACUGAAGAACGACAUUGAGAACCGGCCCAAGAAGGAGCAGGUCCUGGAGCUGGAGCGGGAGAACGAGAUGCUGAAGACCAAGAUCCAGGAGCUGCAGUCCAUCAUCCAGGCCGGGAAGCGCAGCCUGCCAGACUCCGACAAGGCCAUCCUGGACAUCCUGGAGCACGACCGCAAGGAGGCCCUGGAGGACCGGCAGGAGCUCGUCAACAAGAUCUACAACCUGCAGGAGGAGGUCCGCCAGGCGGAGGAGCUGAGGGACAAGUACCUGGAGGAGAAGGAGGACCUGGAGCUGAAGUGCUCCACGCUGGGGAAGGACUGCGAGAUGUACAAGCACCGCAUGAACACCGUGAUGCUGCAGCUCGAGGAGGUGGAGCGGGAGCGGGACCAGGCCUUCCACUCCCGGGACGAAGCGCAGACCCAGUACUCCCAGUGCCUGAUCGAAAAGGACAAGUACCGGAAGCAGAUCCGGGAGCUGGAGGAGAAGAAUGACGAGAUGCGCAUCGAGCUGGUGCGGCGGGAGGCCUGCAUCGUCAACCUGGAGAGCAAGCUGCGGCGCCUCUCCAAGGACAGCGGCACCCUCGAGCAGAGUCUGCCCAGGAACCUGCCAGUAACCAUCAUCUCUCGGAGCUUCGGGGACACCAGCCCCAGGACCAACGGUCAGGAGGCCGAUGACUCUUCCACCUCGGAGGACUCUCCCGAGGACAACCGCUACUUCCUGCCCUACCACCCGCCCAAGCGCCGGAUGAACCUGAAGGGCAUCCAGCUGCAGAGAGCCAAGUCCCCCAUCAGCCUGAAGCGAGCUUCAGACUUUCAAGGGAGGGGACAAGAAGAGGACCUCAUGGACGCCAGCCCCAGCUCCUCCCGCUCCCUGCCCAUCACCAACUCCUUCCCCAAGAUGCAGCCCCAUCGGAGCCGUUCCAGCAUCAUGUCAAUCACGGCUGAGCCCCCAGGAAAUGACUCCAUCGUCAGACGGUACAAAGAAGACGCGCCUCAUCGGAGCACAGUUGAGGAAGACAACGAAAGCGGUGGCUUCGACGCCUUAGACCUCGAUGACGACAGUCACGAGCGGUGCUCCUUCGGACCCCCCUCCAUCCACUCCUCCUCCUCCUCUCACCAGUCCGAGGGCCUGGACACCUAUGACCUGGAACAGGUCAACUUCAUGUUUAGGAAGUUCUCUCUAGAAAGACCCUUCCGGCCAUCGGUCACGUCCGUGGGGCACGUGCGGGGUCCCGGGCUGUCGGUUCAGCACACCACGCUCAACGGCGACAGCCUCAUCUCCCAGCUCAGUCUGCUUGGGGGCAACGCCAGCGGGAGCUUUGUCCACUCCGUCAAGCCGGGCUCCCUGGCUGAGAAGGCCGGCCUCCGCGAGGGCCACCAGCUGCUGCUGCUAGAAGGCUGCAUCAGAGGCGAGAGGCAGAGCGUCCCCCUGGAGGCGUGCACGAAGGAGGAGGCGCACUGGACCAUCCAGCGGUGCAGCGGUCCCGUCACACUGCACUACAAGGUCAACCAGGAAGGGUACCGGAAGCUGCUAAAGGAAAUGGAGGAGGGCCUGAUCACCUCGGGGGACUCCUUCUACAUCCGGCUGAACCUGAACAUCUCCAGCCAGCUGGACGCCUGCUCCAUGUCCCUCAAGUGCGACGACGUCGUGCACGUCUGCGACACCAUGUACCAGGACAAGCACGAGUGGCUGUGUGCGCGGGUCGACCCCUUCACGGACCACGACCUGGACAUGGGGACCAUCCCCAGCUACAGCCGGGCCCAGCAGCUCCUCCUGGUCAAGCUGCAGCGCCUGAUGCACCGGGGCAGCCGGGAGGAGGCCGACACGGCCCACCACACACUGCGGGCCCUCCGGAACACCCUGCAGCCCGAAGAACCGCUCCCCACCACGGACCCCCGGGUCAGUCCCCGCCUCUCCCGAGCAAGCUUCCUGUUCGGCCAGCUGCUCCAGUUCGUUAGCAGGUCCGAGAACAAGUACAAGCGGAUGAACAGCCACGAGCGGGUGCGGAUCGUCUCGGGGAGUCCUCGGGGCAGCCUGGCCCGGUCCUCGCUGGAUGCCACGAAGCUGCUGGCCGAGAAGCAGGAAGAGCUGGACCCAGAGAGCGAGCUGGGCAAGAACCUCAGCCUGAUCCCCUACAGCCUGGUACGCGCCUUCCGCUGCGAGCGCCGCCGGCCGGUUCUCUUCACGCCCACCAUGCUGGCCAAGGCGCUGGUCCAGAAGCUGCUCAACUCCGGGGGCGCGAUGGAGUUCACCAUGUGCAAGCCGGAUGUCGUUACGAGAGACGAGUUCCUCAGGAAGCAGAAGACGGAAACCAUCAUCCACUCGCGGGAGAAGAACCCCAACACCUUCGAGUGCGUGGUCCCCGCCCACAUCGAGGCCGUGGCGGCCAAGAACAAGCAUUGUCUGCUGGAGGCCGGGAUCAGCUGCACCAGAGACCUGAUCAAGGCCCGAAUCUACCCCAUCGUGCUCUUUGUCCGCGUGUCAGAGAAGAACAUUAAGAAGUUCCGGAAGAUGCUGCCCCGGCCUGAGGCGGAGGACGAGUUCCUGCGCCUGUGCCGGCUGAAGGAGAAGGAGCUGGAGGCGCUGCCCUGCCUGUACGCCACAGUGGAGGCAGAGAUGUGGGGCAGCGUGGAGGAGCUGCUGCGCGUCAUCAAAGACAAGAUCGCCGAGGAGCAGCGCAAGACCGUCUGGGUGGACGAGGACCAGCUGUGAGGCGGGGCCACCGCCGAGUCUGAGCGGGACUCGGGGCGGGGUGUCCGGGUCCCCAGGGGCGAGGGGCACCCUGCCGCCUCGACGGCCGGGGGCGGUGGGUGCUCCGUCCUCCAGGUUAGGGAGCCCCUCCAGGGAGCCCCGGGGCAGGCGUGUCUCUGAAGGGAGCAGAGAGCCGUCUCCUCCACCCGGCGCUGACCUGCUGAGUCGGCCAGCCCGUGCUGGCCUGAGCGGGGAGACAGGACCCCUAGGAAGGACAAGGCGGGAGGCUGGCGGCCCCUGGAAGCUGGGACAGCAGUUGAAUGUAACGCGUGGAACCGGAGGGCUGGCUGCCAGUUGGGCAGGGGCCCGAAUGCCAGGCGUCCCCCAGCCCUCAGGACACAGGAGAAGCGCAAUCCCAGGCAGAAGGGGAGUGUGCCAUGCUGUUAUUUUUCUUGCAUUAAAAUGUCUCCAUUUCCUUAUUUUCAA